AUGCACGGAUUCUCAUUCCUUGUCUUGGCCCUCUCUGCCAUAGAUGCUGCCGUAGCUGGUAGCAUUCCUAGCCGGCGAAGCUUGCAGCAUGUGGGCAAGAGAGACCCAUUGCCUGCAGCUCGCAAUGUUCCAACCUUCGAUUUCUCCGAGUCAACGACACACACCGUCAACAAGCGACAGAGCUCACGCUUGAACAGCAAGACAAACAAAUAUGCUGUCGAUGGAACAAAAAUCCCAGAGGUUCAGUUCGAUAUCGGUGAAUCAUACGCUGGUCUGAUGCCAAUUUCUACCAAACAUGAUGAAAGUCGUAAACUGUACUUUUGGUACUUCCCAUCCGAGAACCCAGCUGCUGAGGAUGAAAUCACCAUCUGGCUCAACGGAGGCCCGGGCUGCAGUUCCCUGGAAGGUCUCCUCCAAGAGAAUGGUCCCUUCAGCUGGCAAUACGGAACCCUUUAUCCUGUUGCUAACCCAUGGGCUUGGAACAACCUGACCAACAUGGUCUGGGUCGAACAGCCUGUUGGAACUGGAUUCUCACAAGGAAAGCCAUCUGUGAGAUCCCAAGAAGACGUUGCAACGCAAUUCUUGGGAUUCUUCAGGAACUUCGUGGAUACCUUUGACUUGCACGGCAAGAAAAUCUACAUUGUUGGAGAAAGUUAUGCAGGAUUAUAUGUCCCCUACAUUGCCCAUGCGAUGUUUGCAAAGAAGAACAAGAGAUAUUUCAAUGUUGAGAACACUCUAAUCUUCGACCCCUCCAUAAAUACUGAUGCAGUUCUCGAGCAAGUUCCCGCUGUCCCCUUCGUGGACCACUGGGGUGGACUUUUCCCAUUUAACGAGACCUUCAGCAAGCAUAUUCACGACACGGCCGACAAGUGUGGCUACACCUCCUUUAUGAAGGAUAACCUCGUCUACCCACCCAAGGGAAAGCUCCCCUCACUCCCCGCCGUCACCCCAGAGUGCGAUGUCUGGACCCAAAUCUUCAACGCCGUUUCUCUCGUCAACCCCUGCUUCGAUGUCUACCAAGUAGCCACCACCUGCCCACUUUUGUAUGACGUGCUCGGCUACCCAGGAAGCUUCGAGUACCUGCCUGCCGGGGCAAACGUUUACUUCAACCGCACCGACGUGCAGAAGGCGAUCAACGCACCGAUCCAGAAAUGGACUGAGUGUUCCGAACACCCUGUCUUCGUGGAUGGAAAGGAUAACUCUGAACCAUCGUCCUUCACCAUCAUUCCGGAUAUCAUCGAAAAGUCGCCCCGUACUAUUAUCGCCCACGGAGAUUUGGAUUACGUCCUUAUCAGCAACGGAACUCUGUUGAGUAUCCAGAACAUGACUUGGGGCGGCGCCCAGGGCUUCACACAGGAGCCUUCCAAGCCACUUUUCGUGCCAUACCAUGAACGCGGAAGCUUGAGCACUCUUGCCGGAGCUGGCGUAAUGGGUCGUCACCACACCGAGCGAAAGCUAACAUAUGUUGAGCUCUACCUGACUGGCCACAUGGGACCUCAGUAUAACCCAGCUGCGUCGUUUAGAAUCUUGGAGUUCUUGUUGGGCAGAAUCGAUGAUCUGUCCAAGUAA